AUGCGUUCACCACUUGAUCAAGAUAUCAGCACCUAUAGAAAGCUGCUUCUGGCUUGUGUCCGCGAAAGACAGUUGCGGGACUUUUAUCCACAUGGAUCACCACGAAUUGAGGAAAUCGCUAAGAAAGCCACGCGACAAGUUCCCGUACUGGCACAAAGGUGGCGCAUAGGCCCGACGAUCGCUUCGGACAUUGUGAAACUGGCUCUUUACGACGUUAUUGUGCACGUAGACGACAGGUGGAUCCCGGGUAAUACAGAGCUCCUAGACGACCUCGACGAGCUGCCAAAAGAAGUCCUUCCGCGACGAGUAUUACAGGCUACAAGAUCCCAUCAGCUUAACAGGCCUAUCUUGGUAAUCACCGUCCUGCACAACCCAGAAUGGUCUUAUGAUCUUUCCAAUAUUCUUGACGUUAUUGAGCACCGCCCCGAAGUUUUCGACGUUGUCGAGGAGUCCUCAAAGAUUCUGCCGGACCUUGUUUACCCCCACAGUCACAUAGAGGACUCAGUCGCUUACCAAUUUGUCGAAGUCGGCAAAAACUUCAAGACCUUGAACUCUCUGCGCAGACAUGUGAACAGGUGUUCAAGUGGUAAACCGGUUGACUACACGAUUAAUUUUGAGCACUUGGCCCGCCAAAUGAGAAUCACCGAUCAACCUGUGCAAUUCACACGGCAGCUGUGGACGCAUAAAUUACUGCUGGGCUUUAUCGACUCGUCAUAUAGAGAUGCUGCAUUUGCCACGAACUCCUCGAACAAACAUCUGUGCCGCAAGGAAGAGUGAAAGGCCAUCAAAUGCAAAACGACUACUCGGUCAACCUCCCAGAUAGUGGCAGACGGAAAGAGUCGGCCAAUAAGCCCUGGCUUUCUCGACUAUUUAGACAUAUAGUGGGUUGUGGCAC